CUGUGAGUCAUUCUUGGCUGUCCAUCGAAAUUGAACGCAGCAAGUGUGAUAGGUACCUUUUCACUGGCGGUUUAUUUAGUAGUUUCAUAUUGUGUUGAAUUUUAGAUUUAUUAAGGGAUCUUAGAUAUAAUUUAGUUUUAUUUAUAUAUAUACAUUUAGUUAAAUGUUUUUAACGCUUAUCUAUGUAUUUAAAUUUCAGACCGAAAAAUGGAGCUACAAAAAAAAACUGUGUUCAGUCAUAUUUGACGAAAUGUCUUUAGAGGCUGGCUUGUCUUAUGACAAAAACAAAGAUAAAAUUAAUGGGUUAGUAGAGCUUGGCGAGAGAAAAAAUGAUUUCGCUGAUCAUGCCCUCGUGUUUAUGUUGAGAGGAGCUGUCCACAAGUGGCAGCAGCCAAUAGCCUUUUAUUUUUGCCAAGGCGCUACUAAAGGCACAGAAUUAAAAAGUAUACUCGUGGAUAUUAUCACAGCGGUUGUAGGAUGCGGGUUAAAGCCGAUAUCCCUUAUUUGCGACCAAGGGUCAGCUUUCCAAGCGGCUCUAAAUUGCCUGAAGGCUGACACAGCGCGUGACCAAUUACUGACAAAUCAGGAACCAGAUGGCACAGUAACAAUAAACGAAGUCAAACUGAUGGUUAUAUUCGACCCUCCUCAUCUUAUUAAAGGAUUGAGAAAUAAUUUUUUGAAUAAAGACAUUUCCUUUGAAGGAAAAUUAUCCACAUGGAGAGACAUCGUGGAUGUAUACGAAACGGACUGCAAUAAUAUGGAAACAAGAAUGCUGCAUAAGUUAAAUGACCAGCAUGUGAUACCUGAAAAAAUUAAAAAGAUGAAGGUCAAGAACUGUGUAAAAGUAUUUAGUUACACACUGUCUUCGGCUCUAUCUUACACAGCCAACUUCUCUCACUAUGCGGACGGCAGACCUGUGAGUGAAACAUUAAGAAACACUGCUGAAACAGUUUUGUUCUUUGAUAAAUUGUUUGAUAGCAUCAACGGAUCAGCAACCUAUUCACAAAAGAAAGGAAAAGAGCUACGCUGUGCAGUGACAGAAAAAUCUAAGCACCAUGAAUUUUGGCCGGAGAGCAUCGAGAAACUGGAAAAAAUUAAAUAUGUAGAUUCCAAGGGAAAUCCGAAAUCCGUGCCUUCCUUAAAAAACUUUAUUGCCACGGUAAAAACAUUCAUGAAGCUGUGGCAGUUUUUUAAGAGCAAAAAUAUGACAAUAAUGCGCCCAAGGUUCUUCAAUUCAGAUCCAAUUGAAAACUUCUUUGGCCAAGUCAGGGCCUAUAAUUAUAGGAACAACGACCCCAACUGCCACAGUUUCAAGAACACCUUUAAAUCAUUAUUGAUUACUAGAAUGAUAAAGUUUCAUGGUGACGCUUAUAAUUGUGAGGAUGACUCGGCAGACCAAAUAAUUAAUUUAAAAUCAUUAUUUGAAGAUAGUGAAACUGCUAGGGUCGAGCCGGGUCAUCCCAAAGUAGGAGAUGUAGAAGAUACUGUAGAAGAGGCCCAACGGGAGCAACUAAAUGUUCUCCAUUCGCGAGCGUACACUGCUGGAUGGGUGGUAACAAAAACAAUGCAGAAAUAUAAUAAUCAAUGUGACAGUUGCAGAAAAAGCCUUACUACUAAAGAAGGCGCAAUCCACAAAUGGAUUCAUCAAAGAGAGUAUGAUGCCGCCACGAAACGCCUUACUUACCCAUCCAGAGGUGCUGUUCGGUGUUUCGGUACAAUUAUUAAAGAAACUAACGGAUUCUUGGAACACCGAGCCCAUGAAUUAAAUCUGACGGCCAAAAUUAUGGAAAAAAUUUUGUUCAACAAUCCAUUUAGUUUCUUUAAAUGUACCACACACCGUGAAAUUUUGUCAUAUUUUAUUUCCGUGACAGUAAAGUUCUCGAUUACAAAUUGGUGCAAUAACAUUAAUAAAAUAUUAAAAGGAACGGAUAUUGUGCGGAUAAAAAACCGCACUUUGCCUGCGAUGCAGCAGAAAGCUUUUUUAAAAUAUAAGAAAAGACUGAGGAAUAAAUCGUUUAAUAAAUAAAAUUGUGUUUUAUUUAAAUUAUUGCGACAAGUGUAGUUCCCGGCAUUUAAAUUGAACACUGACUCAAU